AUGUUGCUAUGUCCUGUGCUGCUCGGAGCCACUCUGCUCAUCCUGGCCCCCAUGGAGACCCCUGAGGCUCGCGCUCUUCAUCCUUCUGAUAACGCUCAGUUAAUGGAGGAGCUCCUGGAUCGCUAUAAUGACCUGCUGACCAUGGACGACCUGGAGAACCUUCUGAACAGCCCGGCGGAGGAGCAAUCCACCUUGUCCUCCGGGGCCAAAGUAUCAGAGUUUCCCGCUAAGUGGGCUGACGUUCAGCCAGAGACGCCUUGGCUCCGCCUCCUCCGUGGGGCCUUGGCUAAUCAGAAACCGGCGGAGGCGGAGCGUUCAAGGAGGGGGUGGAACCGAGGUUGCUUCGGGCUAAAAUUGGACCGGAUCGGGUCCAUGAGCGGGCUGGGAUGUCAGAAGGUCAGCGAGGGAGACCGAAGCGUAAACGAAACCGCGGCGGGCGUUGCUUGUGGGCACAAUGUGGAGGUGUCGCAUGAAAAUCGGGGGACCGUCGCACACCGUGUGCCGUCCUGA